AUGUCAAAAUCAGCCCAGGUAAAUCCAUCGGCUCCAACAUUCACGGCCAGCCUGGGAGACCCCGUCACACUGACGGUGUCAGGAAGCAGCGAUGGAGUCGCCUGGGAGAAACGUAACGUAUCAAACAGACUCGCAGAAGGGACUGACCUGACCGUUACACCACAGGCUACAGAGGAUCACCAGGGAAGUUACGUGCUGUACAGACAGGCGGAUGGAUACAAUGCCCUGGUGGGCGUUACGCGCCUUAUCGUUAGAGGUUGUCCCAGGAACAAGUACGGACCCUUCUGUAGGUUCACCUGUCCUACGUGUCAUCAUGGCGGCUGGUGUGAUGACGUCAGCGGGGACUGUGUGUGUCCGCCUGGGUUCAUCGGAAAAAACUGUGAGAUUGGAUGCCCCCGUAUUAACUACGGUCAGUCCUGUCAGUGGGACUGUAACAAUACCGACAUCGACGGUUACAACGCCGACCCAGAUUGCCGCCGGGUGAUGUUGUGUCUCCCCGAUCCUUACGGCUGUUCCUGUGUCCGGGGCUGGAAGGGACUGGACUGUCAAACACCAUGUGCAGCAGGUGAAUACGGAGCUGGUUGCACACAGCGGUGUGACUGUAAGAACGGCGGGACAUGUGACCGGGUAAAGGGCUGUGCCUGUGUGGGCGACUGGAGUGGACCAACCUGCGAAGACAAAAGUAAGUGA